UCUCCUAACCACUUCCUGGCUCCUUCAAAUCUUGCCAUUUAAUGAUCAGAAAAGGCGGGGCCAAAGUUAGCAAGGUCUGCGGCUGCGCGGAAGCGCAGCAAGUGAAGAGCAAGUCCUGCGGCUGGGGCGGCCACGAAGACGCCUGUGCUUCUCUGCUCUGCGGCUGUACUUCCGCUACUCUUGGAAAGUUCUGGAAGUUGGGGAGGUGACGUGGCACCACGGACUUGCUGGUCGGAUUUUGGCACCGUUAGAAGCUGGGUUGAUCCAAAGACAGACAGAUGGCUGAAAAUGGCACAAAAGAAAAAAUAAAAUGGACAACCACCAUUAUUAUUAGCUCAUCUCUUAAGAGUUGUGAAGUUGCAACUGCCCUAGAUCGAAGCCACAAGAUUCGGUAUUCAGAUUCAGUGGAAAAUGGAUCAAUUAUCUUUUCUCUUUCUGGAGUUGCAUUUUUAUUGAUGGAUGCUAAAGAAUGCUUUACAUCAGCUGAAGAAAUAUUUCUAGCCAAAAUUGAGAAGUUUACUAAUAUUCACCAAAAUAGCUUUUUGGUUCUGUCUGCUGCCUUCCAUGGGCCUGAGGAAUGGAAACUGAUGUUCAGGAUUCAGCAGAGAUUCCUGGGUAGUAACUUACGGAUACUUCCAGUACACAACACAGUAGAUGUUAUUAAUCUCAUGUGCACUAUAGCUAAGAUGGCCUCCAAACCAUACAUAGAUAACAUCUGCUAUAGAAUGGUAACAACUGAGGCUUACAUCAUUGAGCAAAGUCCUGUUUGGAAAACACUUCAAAAGUUAAAACUGAGUAGUGAUUCAUUUAACCCAAAUUAGAGUAUCAAUUACAAAUGUCCUUUUGGAAGAAUAUUAAAAUAAUUAGACCACUUAAAUUAUAAUGUUAAAAUAUAUAUUUACUUUAAAGAUUUUUAAAAAUUUUAAAUAAAAUGGAUAUGACUAAAAAUGAUUUUAUUUUCAGUUUUGUUGAGUAAUUCCUUUAAUAAUGUUUAGAAAACAUUGGUACAUACAUAUAUUUAAAAAGUCAGAUGCAGUUUUUUAAUGAUACAAAUUAAGUUGGAUGGAGAAGUAUUUACUACAAAAUAAAAACACAGCAUUUUUUAACUAGCCCCUUAGACUAAAAGGAAAGUCACAUACACUUUUUAGCUUUUCCACAAAGGCUGCCAGUAUUUUCUAAAAUUAAUCUUUGCAGAUGCUUUCAUGUUGUAACUGCUGCUAGAGAGGUGGUGAUGGAACUCUGCCCCCUAAGACUCCUCCUGAGGCAAGGAAAGGAAGGGAAAUUAAGAGAAGCAGCCAACUGGCCCAACUGAAAACUUCUCUGUACACUGGUGUGAUAUCUUAUUUGACACUAGGAGUUCUAUUUUUUUUUUUUUUUUAUGUUUAUUUAUUUUUGAGAGAGAGAGACA